AUGUGGACGGCGUACGCGCGCGUCGCGAGCGUCGUCGAGAAUGCGCUCGGCAUCAACUUUCACGCCUUUGUCGCGUGCGUGACGCUCGUCAUCGCGCUCACGUACCCGAAACUCGCCAAAAGCGUGAGCGAUCGUCUAGACAGUCGAGCGAUGAACGAUCGAGAGCGAUUGGAGCGGUAUCAAAGAAACCGACAGCGCGCGUUGGAGAAGCGAGAGGAAGAGUUGAGACGCGCGGCGAGCGAAACCAAAGGAGGAAAGGCGGAAUUGGACCGCGCGGCGGCGUUGGAGGCAAAAUUGGCCGAAAUCGACGCCAAGGCUGCGCGAUUGGGGUUGACGGCGAACGGUAAGGGCAGAAAACUGGGUGAUAGUGGACCAUCGAGGCCGGAGUGGAAUCCUUUAAUGGGCGGCGGCGCUUCGCGAGGAUAUCGGCCCACUGGGCGACCGAGGCCGGGAGGUGGCGGAUGA